ACCUAGUUCAUGUUCUCCGCAGCCCUUAACAGCUCCUCAAAGUCUCUCAUUUGCUGGCGUGUUGUGACUCUCCUACUGCAUGAACCCCUCAGGCCGACGCCUGGCAAGGAGUAAGCGCUGCCUCGGCCCCCGCCCGCCCUUCCCAGGCCGUCCGGGAUCCCGGUUGGAAAUCGUGGACGUGACUGGGAGGAGUCGGCCCGCCUCGGAUUUCAGAGCUGCUGGCGCAGGGAGUCGGGCCGCGACCAUGGCGGAGCCCACGGUGUGCUCCUUCCUCACCAAGGUGCUGUGCGCCCACGGCGGCCGCAUGCUCCUGCAGGACCUGCGCGCCCACGUGGAGCUCUCGGAGGCCCGGCUCCGCGCCGUGCUGCGCCAGGCCGGGCCGGACCGCUUCCUGCUGCAGGAGGUGGGGGUGUCUACCUGUACCCUUUCCCACGACAUCCACACACCUGUCAACAUCCAAGUCCUGAAAAACCAAGGGCUUUUUGGCCUCAAUGAGGCCCAGCUUCGGAUUCUGCUCUUACAGAACGACCCCUGCCUUUUACCAGAGGUCUGCUUACUCUACAACAAAGGCGAAGCGCUGUAUGGUUAUUGCAACCUCAAGGACAAGUGCAACAAGUUUCACGUGUGCAAGUCCUUUGUCAGGGGAGAGUGCAGGCUUCAGAGAUGCAAACGGUCCCAUCAGCUCAUUCACGAGACAUCCCUGAAGCUGCUGCAGGACCAAGGACUGAAUAUCCCCAGUGUCGUUAAUUUUCAGAUAAUCUCUGCCUACAGGCACACGAAGCUGCACAAGAUGCUUGAAAAUAAAGAUAAUUCAGCUGCUUCUGCUGAGCAUUCACAGGGCCUUGAGAAACAAGGGGGACGCGCAGCUGGGGCUGCAGAAGCUUGUCCUCUGGCUUCUGUCCCUGCCCAGUCGGCCAAGAAGCCAUGCGCAGGUAAACCGUAAAGGAUGCCGGUGAAGUCAGAAGCUCGUCCAGUUGGAAGGUCUGAAAACAAAGCUUCUGUUGAGCUUCGAUUCUUAACCAUUUAUUCAUUUAAUUGUUUCUCAAGAAUGGCCAUAAUAAUACCUACCUCACAAGGUGUCGUGAGAUUAAAGAAGACAGAAAAGGAGAUAUGAGAGGAUAAAAUUGGGCAUGGGUGGUUGGGAAGGAGUUUGCACGUUGAGCAGAGAAAGGGUAAAACCUGGGGGCAGACAGGUCAGUGCAGGGCAAAUCCUGCGGAUGGCAGCUUCUGCCUGCAGCCCCUGCGCGCUAUCCCCAGGCUGAUGGGCCGGAGAGCCUCAAGAGGCAGGUUUCUGGGGACUUGCUCUGUGACCCAGCCACGUGUUUUUCUAUACGCUCACAUACACGUUUUACACUAUGGUAUUCACAGAGUACGUAGACUUUAUAUUCUUUUUUUCUUUUUUCACCUAAUAUUCCAUAAGCAUCUUUCCGUAUUUGUUCACGUUUAUCACACAUACUCAUUAUUAUGCACAGGUACACUAAUAUAUCAUAGUUUACUUAACUGUUUCCCUUAUUCUGGGACAUGUUGAUUCUUUCUAACCCAUUUUUGAAUAUAACUUUUCUUAAAAUCCACACAAUAUCAAAUUUUUAAAGUUAGUCUUUUGCUUAGCUUAUAGUUGCUAAAUGAUGCUGUGUUCUGAUUUGCAUUUCCUUAAAUUUAUGUGCAAGUGAAUAUUUUUCUGUGUGUCUGCUUUCCGUAUGUCUUUAUUUUGUGCAUUCUGUACAUGCCCUUGAGUUCCUGGCCCAUGUCAUUACCUCCUCUGUGCUGAUGUGGGAUGGCUUUUCAUUAGGCUCCUUAAGUUUUAUAUAAAAGGAUGUCAACCAUACUGUGCUCAUACAGUAUCCAAGUCCCGGGGAUCCAUCCUCAGCCAACAAUAAAAUUUUAGGGUGCUAACCAGACAUUUCUACCUCACUCUGUUUACUCUCCAUCUCUUACCAAACUUUUACUAAAGCCCAGUUGCUGUGGUUUGAAGGAUGCGUAGUUCAUCCAUUCCUCGAAGUUAUAUCCAUUCUUUUAUGGAUAGGAUGGACCAUCAGAGAUGUCUAUACCUUGCCCAUUUCAUACUGGCUUUCCUCUUUCUCCUUUUUUUCUUCCCCCACCCACCCCCUGUUUUUCUUAGAGGUUUGGGUCUUUGUUUUCAUCAAAGAGUACCACCGAGAAGCAGCUUUUAUGUAACUCUUUUCUGUGUUUGCUGUAGUAAUAUCCCCAAAUGUCAGUGUGUAAAGGGUUUUUAAAAAAUAUUUAACUGUCUUGCAAUAAUAUAACAUUUGAGAAAUAAGGAAGGAUAAGGUAGUGAGUUUUUCAUAAAGCUAAAUUUCUUUAAAAUUUUUUUUUCAUGAAAUGCUAUCUUUUCUGUUGAGGAAGAUGUGCAAAGAACGUCCUUUGCAAAGGGAGAACUUGCUGUGUUUUUGCCUAAUGGACAAUAAAAGUCAUGAACUUAUGUUAAUAUUUUCACCUUGGUUGUCAUCAACAGUAUUUCUGAAAGCCCUUAACAUCCUGCAUAUUUUGUUUCUUUUUUCCUGCUUCUGAUUUCUCUUGGUGCUAAUUUUUUUUAAAAAAAAUAUUGUUUCAUUUAUUAUUAUUAUUAUUUACAUUUUGUCCUUUUACUAUGUAUAUUUUUGUUGUAAGCCAUCUUAAGUCCUUAAUGGAAACAGAAAAAUUUAUAACGUAAUGUAUUAAUAUGUAUCCUUUACAUUACCAGACUUGGUAGCCUUUUAUAUUAUUGUGUUCUUUUUAUAUACCUUAUAGUUAUGCUUUUAUAUAUAUGAAGUUAUUGAUCCUCUGUAGUCUUUGUUUCAAUAUUUAAUUCAGUUCUAUAUUACUGUAUUUUAAUCUUAGUUCUGCUGGUAUUCAUUCUGUAAAAAUAUUUUAUGUAA